AAGAGGAACUUCUGCCAUUUUAGUAAAUUCUGUGAAUAAGUGUCAAAUUUAAUUCAACAAAAAAUGUAUGAAAUAGUAGUCUGUUAACCGCCAAACUGGAUGUCAAUAUUAACAUGGACUCGGGGGCUGGGGCCACGAACCGAGGGCUCCGACUGAACAUUACAGACGGAGUAGGGGCCCGAGUUGUUCGAGGUCCAGAUUGGAAGUGGGGUAAACAGGAUGGUGGGGAGGGGCAUGUUGGUACUGUCAGGAAUUUUGAGUCACCAGAAGAAGUAGUCGUUGUAUGGGAUAAUGGAACGGCUGCUAAUUAUAGAUGUGCUGGUGCUUAUGAUCUAAGAGCACUUGACAGCGCACCAACAGGAAUCAAACAUGAUGGAACUAUGUGUGAUACAUGUAGACAACAACCUAUUUUUGGAAUAAGAUGGAAAUGUGCUGAAUGUCCAAACUAUGAUUUAUGUUCUGUGUGUUACCACGGAGACAAGCAUAAUUUGAGGCACCGGUUUUAUAGAAUAACUGUGCCUGGUAAUGAGAGAGUGCUUCAAGAACCAAGAAGAAAAAGUAAAAAGACAACAGCAAGAGGAAUAUUUCCAGGAGCUCGCGUUGUUCGAGGAGUUGAUUGGCAGUGGGAAGAUCAAGAUGGUGGCAAUGGCAGACGUGGAAAAGUUACUGAAAUUCAGGAUUGGAGUGCAGCUAGUCCAAGAAGUGCAGCUUAUGUUUUAUGGGAUAAUGGUGCUAAAAAUCUGUAUAGGGUUGGUUUCGAAGGCAUGGCAGACUUAAAGGUUGUGAAUGAUGCAAAGGGUGGUUCAUUUUACAGAGAACAUUUACCUUUGUUAGGUGAGCAAGGAUCUGGUUCCAGAUCUGGACCAUGUGGUUUAGCUAUAGGAGAUCAAGUGAAUGUUGAUCUAGAUUUAGAAAUUGUGCAAUCAUUACAACAUGGACAUGGUGGAUGGACAGAUGGAAUGUUUGAGUGCCUGGGUACAACUGGUACUGUAGUUGGUAUAGAUGAAGAUCAUGAUAUUGUUGUAUCUUAUCCUAGUGGCAAUAGAUGGACAUUUAAUCCAGCAGUUUUAACAAAAGUAAACACUCCAAAUAGUUCUACAGCAGUAGCACCAGAAACUACUGCAGCAGUUCUGUUUGCAGUUGGUGACUUGGUACAGAUUUGUAGUGAUGUAGAAAGAAUAAAAGUUUUACAGAGAGGUCAUGGAGAAUGGGCAGAAGCAAUGUUACCAACAUUAGGUAAAAUAGUAAGUGGUAUUUAA